GUGAAGGGGUGCCAAGGGCUGCAGGGCUGGAACCAGUGUUCUCUGCAAGCUGAGCGCUUGGGCGGCCACUCUGGAGAGAUGCCAGUGCUGCCCAGCUGAGUAGCAAAGCGCCCCCAGCCAGGACCAUGGUGAACGCAGCCUUUACCGAAAUCAAAGCCGCGGCCUUCGCUCACCUCCCCCUCCUGCAGUUCCUGUUCAUUGAGAACAACGACAUCCGCUCCCUGUCCAAAUUCACCUUCCGAGGGCUGAAAUCCCUGGCACACCUAUCUUUAGCCAACAACAACCUGCAGACGCUGCCCAGAGAGAUCUUCGCGCCCCUGGACAUCCUGAGUGACCUGGACCUCAGGGGCAACGCUUUGACCUGCGACUGCCAGAUCAAGUGGCUGGCGGAGUGGGUGGAGCGGACCAACGCCACGGUGCCGGCCGUCUUCUGCAGCAGCCCCGCCCGCUACAAGGGGCAGAACAUCCGGGACCUGGCCCUCGAGGACUUCGACUGCGUCACGACAGACUUCGUGGUGCACCAGGUCCUGCCGUUCCAGUCGGUGUCAGCUGAGCCCUUCACCUACAGCAGUGACCUCUACGUGGCUCUGGCCCAGCCCAGCGCCAGCAGCUGCACCGUCCUGAAGUGGGACUACGUGGAGCGCAAGCUGCGGGACUUCGACCGCAUCCCCGCUCACUCGGCCGUGCACUGCAAGCCCAUCGUGGUGCAGUCCCAGCUGUACGUGGUGGUGGCUCAGCUCUUCGGCGGCUCCUACAUCUACCGCUGGGACACCACCGUGGACAAGUUCGUCAAGAUCCAGGACAUGGACAGCAGGAUGAUCCGCAAGCCCAACGACAUCGAGGCCUUCCAGAUCGACGGCGAGUGGUACUUCGCCAUCGCCGAGUACCGCUGGCACCAGAACGGCUUCUACUCCCAGCAGGCCCUGCACCCCUGGCACCGCGACACCGACGUGGAGUACGUGGAGGGCGAGGGCAAGCCCCGGCUCAUCAUCUCCAGCAGCUCCCAGGCCCCCGUCAUCUACCAGUGGAGCCGGGCCCAGAAGCAGUUCGUGCCGCAGGGGGAGGUGGGGGAGGUGAUGGACGUGCAGAUGGUCAAGCACUUUCGGGUCAAGAGGGACCAUUUCCUCUGCCUCAGCCGCUACAUCGGGGACUCCAAGGUGGUCCGGUGGGAGGGGCAGCACUUCACCGAGCUGCAGACCCUGCCCUCGCGGGGCUCCAUGGUCAUGCAGCCCUUCCUGGCGGCCCAGCGGCAGUACAUGGUGCUGGGCAGCGACUUCUCCUUCACCCACGUGUACCUCUGGGACGGCCGGUUCCAGGAGCUCUCCGUCCAAGCGCCCCGGGCCUUCUGCUACAUCCCCGUGCAGGGCAUGGACCUCCUGCUGGCCCCCAGCUUCAAGAGCAGCACGCUGGUCUACAGGCACGUGGUGGUGGAUCUCAGCUUAUGGGGGGGCCCUACGGCCUGCCCGGCUCCUUGCCUCCCCGCCUAGGCGCUCUGCAGAGCAAACUCCCUGGGAGCAUCGCUGCUCCCCAGCCUAAGGCUUCCCCUCUGUGGCCACGCUCGGCCCGUCGGCCCCCUGCGCACCCCCUGCCCCUCCCCGGGUAGACCCAGCUCCGUAGAGACGUGCAUAUCCGUGCACUCGUCCCCGUGCGUGUUUGCACCACAGCUGUCCCGCCACAGAGAA